UUACAGAAGCGUAGACAGCUUCCUACUGAAAGGUGGGCAGCUUCCAGUAGAAGCGUGGACAGUUUCCUACAGAAGCGUCGAAAACUUCCUGCAGAAGCAUCAACAGUUUCCUGCAGACGCGUCGAUAGCUUCCUGCAGAAUCGUAGACAGCUUCCAGCAGAAUCGUAGACAGCUUUCUGUAGAAGCAUAGGCAGCUUCCUGCAGAAGCUUAAACAGCUUCCUGUAGAAACGUAGACAGCUUUCUGCAGAAGCCGUUGUUGAUAGAAAUUUCAUCAUUGUUGCUUCUGUUUGUCUGUGGAUGAUCAAUGGACAUGACGACACCUUUCAUCAUCAAUUUACAAUGUACGUCAAGAUCAACCCGUCGACAAACAGAAAACACUUGUCAUUGCAAACUAUAAGUGAUUGAUCCGCUUGGGAGCUUUAGCUGUUAGUUCAUGUCGUUCGCUCGCAAUGGAAACAUCUCUUCCAAUCACCGUUGUUUUCCUAAUAGUUCUGAUCACAGGAGCUCAAACCAAACCCACUCAAGGUUCAUGUACUUUAACCGAUGAGGACAUUUCCGACAUCAAAAGUGCCGUCCAGAAGGCGUCCAAGGCAGCCGUGAACGAUAUCGUGCUAGAUCCAACCCUAAUCGACAAAUGUCCAAUGUUGGAAAAAAUCACCGCAAGCCUCAAAUCGGUGGCCACGGAGAUAGUCCAGAUGCGGGAUUCCGCCAUUUCCACCGAUCAGGUCGAUCAGCUGAAGCAGAACUUCGAGGACCAGGUCAACCAAAUCGUGAAGAGUCGCGACAUCUUCGAGAAGCAAUCCGGUACGCAGGCGACGAAGGAGCAUGGCGAAAUGCUGGAGCGGAUGACGGCGCUUCAGGUCAAGGUCACCGAGCUGGAGCAGCAGAUCGCCAAACAGACGGCCAGCAUGUACGAAGACAUGGCCGAGCUGAUAUUCCAGCGGCUGCAGAUGAACAGUACCGAAAGCGUCCGAAGCUACACCAAGCACAUGAUGGAGGAGAAGUUGGAGGAGUUGAUGAACAAACUGGAGACGAACUACCGGAUCUACUUGGGGGCGUUGCGGUUCCUGAAUCACAUGAAUGAUCAGGAACUGAUCGGUAAGGUAUUCGAUGGAAUUCUGAAGCGGCUGGGAGAUAUGAAGGCGGACAGUGAUGACGUCAAGGAGAACGGCAGGAACCUGCUGGUGAAUCUUCUUUGCUGGACGGUGAACAACGACUUUUUGGGAAAGAAAUAUAAGGAGAGACAAGUCGAUCUGUACAGGAUGGCGCUCAAAUUUUACCCAAAAACGUAUGAAAAGGCAGCGAAUGAGGCGGAUGUUCGCAGCCGCCAGUUUUGCGAGGAAAAUUUUCCGGCCAAUUUGAUCACGUGGUUCGCCGUGUCAUGGAAUGAUAGGGGUUGAAAUUGCUGUUUCUUGUUGUAUAUUUUUCAUGGAUGAAUAAAUUUGGACGAAGCUUGACAAAUUGAG